AUGAAUGGGGAUAUGCCUCAUGUUCCCAUCACCACUCUUGCUGGGAUUGCUAGCCUCACCGACCUGUUAAACCAGUUGCCCCUGCCUUCCCCUCUCCCGGCCACUACCACUAAGAGCCUGUUGUACAAUGGGAGGAUCGCGGAGGAUGUCGCCUGCCUGCUGGCCUGUCGGGAUGAGAAUCUGGCAUCCCAGCUAGCUCAUGGCCUCAACCAGGUCUCCACAGAGCACAUAGAGCUGAAGGACAACCUGGGUAGUGAUGAGCCUGAGGGAGAUGCACCACUGCUGCUGCAGACCAUGUUGGCCAGGAACCCUGGCAUCUUCAGGGAGAAAAAUGUCAUGCAGCAGCAAAUGGUGCCACAGUACAAGAUCACCCAGAAUUCCAUGCAUAGCCCAGCUCAGUCUGGAAACUUCCAGCAGGCAGCAAUUUCUCCAAAUCCAUCAAGCCGUUUUGUGACACCUCAGACCGGUUCCAGUACCCGGUAUUUGGGCCAACAGAACAGUCCAGUUCCCAGUCCCUACACACCUCAGAGCCCCGCCACUGGUUACAUGCAGCAGUAUCCCCAUCAACAGCCACCUAGCUAUAACCAACAUCAACAGAUACAACAAGUGUCAGUAGCUAGUCCCAUGGUUCCAGGUGGCAUACGUAACAUUCAUGAGGGCAAGGUAUCCAGUCAGGUCGCCAAUGCUGCCAACCAUCACUCAGACAGACAUGGCGCUGAUGACUACCUUAACAUUGUACACCGCCUGGGUGGCGAGGAGGGAGACUCCACCAUGAGGAACGCUUCUUUCCCCUUGAGAUCACCACAGUCAGGCUGUUCCCCAGCAGGGAGUGAAGGAACACCAAAAUCGGGUUCUCGUCCACCAUUGAUCCUUCAGUCACCACCUCCUUACGCAGUGUCACCAAGGGAUGGGGGACCUGACCAUAAACAGCAGCUUCAGCAAAGGAAGAAGGUCCCAACUGUGAAAGAAGAAAAAGACAUGUAUGACAUUGUUAGUUCUCCAAACAAGGACUCUACAAAACUCACCUUGAAACUGUCCAGAGUCAAGUCAGAUGAGUCCGAUCCACCAAGUGAGGUUGUGCCUGGUAUGGACCAUAAUGUGGACACUGUGGAGGCAGAACUGGGCUAUCAGCAUGUGCCUGUUCUCCAGCAAAACCUGGUAGCACGCCAACAACAACAGCACAUUUCCCAACCAGUAGGAGGUGGUAGUGGACUACAUCCUCCAAGUUCCCCUUAUGAUGAAGCUGAGUUGGAUGCCUUGGCUGAAAUCGAGAGGAUAGAGCGAGAAGCAGCAAGUGAAAAGUGCUCCAAGGAGGUUCAAGAUAAAGACAAACCAUUGAAGAAAAGGAAGCAAGACUCCUUUCCUUUGGAACCAGUUGCAGGGGGGCCAGGUGGUCCCACAGGUGCCCCAGGUAGUGGAUCAGCAGGAGGGGGCAAUGCUGGCAAAUUGACACCACAGGAGGCCACUGCAGCGGGGAACGGUGCCAGUCGGCCUCCCCUUAUGGUGAGCAUCGACCUCCAGCAGGCAGGUCGAGCUGAUGGGCAGCUAGACCCCUGUCUCGCUGCCCCUAUUCCAGCCCUUGAGGCUCAGCGCUGGCCUGAGGAACCAGCUAGUGGGCCUGCUGCAGUGGAAGGGUCUGACACAGGUUCACAGUUAAAACCAGAUGGAAGGCCUGAAGUCAUUAAGAACAGGGUGGACAAACAUGAUAGCAGGCGAGAUGGCCGGGAGGCAUCAAAACACAGACAUGAUGAAAAGUCUUCCUCAGACAGACGGGGAGAGACGCCAAAGUCAUCAAGUCGUGGGGACCAUGGUCGAGAUAGGGAUAGAGACCCUAACCGCGAAAGGAAGCACCGAAGUGAAACUAGUGGUCGAGAACGACGCUCACCUGAUGCACGUUGCCGAAGUGAUCGGGAUAAAUCUGCCUUCUGGCCCGCUUCAGGCGGCGAGCCUGGUCGAAGCAGCGGUAGGCAGGAUGGCCCCAAACAAGCCUCCUCUACUUCUGGUGCUAAACUUCCAGAUUCUUUCCCUGCUGAACUCCUGGGAGGUCAUACUGGUGCACUGAAGAACUUCCAGAUCCCCAAGAUCAAGCGUGAUAAAGAGGGAAAUGGGUCAACCGAAAGUCAAAUCUGGGCUCAGCCCAAGGUUAAACUGGAGAGGCUGGGUUUGGUGCAGGACUUUGAGAAGAGGCCCAAGCCUGUGGUGGUUCUGAAAAAACUCUCAGUUGACCAGAUCCAGAGAAUAAUUAGGCACAGCAAGUCUGGAAGGAAUAGGUUAUCGUCUGGGAAGUCCGGCAAAAGUGGUAUGGAUCCAGCAGUUUUGAAGGAGCUUCCCCCAGAGCUGUUGGCAGAAAUUGAGUCAACUAUGCCACUGUGUGAAAGGGUAAAGAUGAACAAGAGAAAAAGAAGCACGGUCAGUGAGAGGCCCAAAUACGCAGAGGUCAGCUCAGACGAAGACUUUGAAGCUAAUGGAGAAUCUGCAAGGAAACGACAGCGACGAGACAAGGACAGGACCUGGGAAUAUGAGGAAAGGGAACGCCGGAGUUCUGGAGAUCAUCGGAAAAGUGGGCACCGAGACAGCAGACGAGGCUCAGGGAGUCGCUAUCGAGACUCUUCAGAUGAAGAUUCACCACCCCCAAGCAUGAGCGAAAUUGCCAGAAAAAUGAAGAUGAAGGAGAAGCAGAAGAAGCGAAAAGCCUAUGAACCCAAACUAACCCAAGAAGAGCUGAUGGACUCAUCAACAUUCAAGAGAUUCUUAGUGAGCAUUGACAACAUCCUCGAGAAUCUGGAGGAUGUGGAUUUUACUACCAUGGCGGAUGAUGAUGAGAUACCUCAGGAAUUGCUGCUCGGUAAACAUCAGUUGAAUGAGCUUGGUAGUGAGUCUGCCAAAAUUAAAGCCAUGGGCAUCUCCAGCAGGAUCCCAGCAGACAAACUGGUGAAGCUGUUGAACAUACUUGAAAAGAACAUCCAGGAUGGGGCAAAGCUAUCCACCAUGAUUAACCAUGACCAUGAUGCCGAAGAUGAGGAGCGACUGUGGAGAGACUUGAUCAUGGAGAGAGUCACAAAAUCAGCAGACGCCUGUCUAACAGCACUUAACAUCAUGACUUCUUCACACAUGCCGAAGGCUGUAUAUAUUGAAGAUGUAAUUGAACGGGUGCUACAGUACACAAAGUUCCAUCUUCAGAACACAUUGUAUCCACAGUAUGACCCUGUCUACAGGGUGGAUCCACAUGGAGGUGGCAUGCUAAGCUCCAAGGCCAAACGUGCUAAAUGCUCCACGCACAAGCAACGUGUGAUUGUCAUGUUGUAUAACAAAGUAUGUGACAUUGUCAGCAACAUCUCUGAGCUGCUGGAGAUCCAACUACUAACGGAUACCACCAUUCUUCAGGUUUCUUCAAUGGGAAUCACUCCAUUCUUUGUCGAGAAUGUCAGUGAACUGCAGCUGUGCGCAAUUAAACUGGUUACAGCAGUUUUCUCACGUUAUGAAAAGCAUCGGCAGCUGAUCUUAGAGGAGAUUUUUACUUCUUUAGCCAGACUGCCCACCAGCAAACGCUCCCUCAGGAACUUUAGACUUAACAGCUCAGACCAGGAUGGAGAACCAAUGUACAUUCAAAUGGUGACGGCUCUGGUGCUGCAGCUCAUCCAGUGUGUUGUGCACCUUCCCAAUGACAGGGACACUUUCGAGGAGUAUGACAACAAGGUUGAUCAAGAUGUGUUGAUAACCAACUCCUAUGAGACUGCAAUGAGAACAGCACAAAACUUUCUUUCAGUCUUCUUGAAGAAAUGUGGCAGUAAGCAGGGAGAAGAUUACCGGCCACUGUUUGAGAACUUUGCAGAUCUGCUGUCUACAGUUAACAAACCAGAGUGGCCUGCUGCAGAGCUGCUACUCAGUCUGCUGGGUAGACUACUGGUACACCAGUUUAGUAAUAAGCAGACAGAGAUGGCUUUGAGAGUGGCAUCUCUAGACUAUCUGGGCACAGUGGCCGCUCGCCUCAGGAAGGAUGCAGUCACCAGCAAGAUGGAUCAGAGGUCUAUCAAUCGCAUUCUAGAAGAGGCACCAGGGAAUGAUGAGACCCAGCAGUUGCAGAAGGCUCUACUGGACUACUUAGAAGAGAACGCUGAGACAGAUGCCUCAUUAGUGUUUGCUAGAAAGUUCUAUAUUGCCCAGUGGUUCCGGGAUGCUACAACAGAAGCUGAGAAAUCUAUGCGGAACCAAAAUCCAAAGGAUGAGGACUCAUCGGAUGGUCCACACCAUGCAAAGGAGAUGGAGACCACUGGUGAAAUUAUGCAGCGUGCUGAAAAGCGCAAAAAGUUCCUGCGUAACAUCAUCAAGACCUCGCCAGCUCAGUUCACCACACUGAAAAUGAACUCUGACACAGUGGACUAUGAUGACUCCUGUCUGAUUGUACGUUAUUUGGCCUCCAUGAGGCCGUUUGCCCAGAGUUUUGAUAUUUAUUUAACACAGAUUUUGAGAGUCCUUGGGGAAAGUGCCAUUGCUGUGAGGACUAAAGCCAUGAAGUGUCUAUCUGAGGUUGUGGCUGUGGAUCCCAGCAUUCUGGCAAGGUCUGACAUGCAACGUGGUGUCCAUGGUCGUUUGAUGGAUAAUUCCACCAGUGUGAGAGAGGCAGCUGUUGAGCUGCUCGGGAGAUUUGUACUCAGCAGACCUCAACUUACUGAACAGUACUACGACAUGCUCAUCGAGAGAAUAUUGGACACUGGCAUCAGCGUCAGGAAGCGUGUUAUCAAGAUCCUCAGAGACAUAUGCCUGGAGCAGCCAACUUUCAGUAAGAUUACCGAGAUGUGUGUACGGAUGAUCCGCAGGGUCAAUGAUGAGGAAGGCAUCAAGAAACUGGUGAAUGAGACAUUCCAAAAGUUGUGGUUCACUCCAACUCCAGCCCACGACAAGGAGACCAUGACCAGGAAGAUCCUGAACAUCACUGAUGUGGUUGCAGCAUGUAGAGACACUGGCUACGACUGGUUUGAGCAGCUUCUACAGAAUCUUCUAAAGUCUGAAGAGGAUGCAUCAUAUAAGCCAGCUAAGAAGGCUUGUGUUCAGCUAGUUGACAAUCUAGUAGAGCACAUCCUCAAGUACGAAGAGUCUCUUGCAGAAAACAAGGGUGUAAACUCAACAAGACUGGUAGCAUGUAUCACCACGUUGUACUUGUUCAGCAAAAUCAGGGCUCAGCUCAUGGUCAAACAUGCCAUGACCAUGCAACCUUACCUGACCACAAAGUGUAAUACUGCCAAUGACUUCAUGGUUAUAUGUAAUGUGGCAAAGAUCUUGGAACUUGUGGUACCUCUUAUGGAGCACCCAAGUGAGACUUUCCUUGCCACCAUUGAAGAAGACCUCAUGAAGCUCAUCAUAAAGUAUGGCAUGACGGUGGUCCAGCACUGUGUGAGCUGUCUGGGAGCUGUUGUGAACAAAGUCACACACAACUACAAGUUUGUCUGGGCUUGCUUCAACAGAUUCUAUGGUGCACUCAACAAGUUGAAGAUACAGCAUCAGGAGGAUCCUAACAGCACAACACUAGUAGCAAACAAGCCUUUCCUGUUGCGAUCACUCUUCACUGUGGGUGCUCUUGCUCGGCACUUUGAUUUUGAUCUGGAAGAAUUCAAGGGUACCAAUAAGAUUGUUAUUAAGGAGAAAGUCUUGGAGUUGCUGCUAUACUUCACCAAACAUGAAGAUGAGGAGGUCAAGACCAAAGCCAUCAUCGGCUUAGGCUUCCUUGUGAUCAUGCAUCCCAGUCAGAUGUUUGUUCCAGAGGUGAAGUCCUUAUACAAUGGCAUUCUGGCUGACAACACCUCCUCUAUCAACCUCAAAAUACAGAUCCUCAAGAACCUCCAGACAUACCUUCAAGAGGAGGAUACACGGAUGCAGGAAGCAGAUCGAGAAUGGAAGAAACUUUCAAAACAGGAAGAUUUGAAGGAGAUGGGAGACAUCUCAUCUGGCAUGAGUAGCUCCAUAAUGCAGCUUUAUCUUAAACAGGUGCUAGAGGCUUUCUUCCAUACACAAUCCAGCGUACGGCAUUUUGCUCUCAACGUCAUAGCCCUGACUCUCAACCAGGGCCUCAUCCAUCCUGUACAGUGUGUGCCCUACCUCAUUGCCAUGGGAACAGACCCAGAGCCCAGCAUGAGAAACAAGGCUGACCAGCAGCUCGUGGAGAUCGACAAAAAGUACACAGGAUUCAUCCAUAUGAAGGCAGUUGCUGGGAUGAAGAUGUCAUACCAUUUACAGCAGACCAUCGAUUCAUCCCGAAAGACCAUCGUGAGAGGUUUUAGGCAGGAUGAGGCACAUACAGCACUCUGCUCGCACCUCUUCAGUAUGAUCCGAGGGAAUCGGCAGCAUCGGAGAGCAUUUCUCAUCUCUCUGUUAAAUCUUUUUGAUGACAGUGCUAAGACAGACGUCAACAUGCUGCUUUUUUUAGCUGACAACCUAGCCUGUUUCCCCUACCAGAGCCAGGAGGAGCCUCUCUUCAUAAUGCAUCACAUAGACAUCACACUGUCUGUUUCUGGCAGCAACUUGUUGCAAACCUUCAAAGAGUUUUUGCUAAAAGAGCCAAGGCGAAAGGAGAAAAAGCAGUGGAAAAACACAUCAGAUGGGGAAGAAGACGAGGAAAAGAUGAACUGCAGUUCUCCCACGAGUCAGGACGAAACGAGCAGCAGCAACGAUGAUUACGACGAAGUGGUACGGCGGCCCAAAAAGGCCAAAAGGCGUGUUGCACAGUCAGAAAGCUCAGAAUCUGACUCUGACCUGGAGGAUUUGGAUGUGGAGGAUGUGGACAAAGUAAUGAGGCUCCUCCCAGAUAAUCCCAUGGGUUUGUUGGACUUUGCUAAUGCUGUGCAGGGUAUUCUGUUGCUCCUGGUGCUCAAACAACAUCUGAAGAUUCAAUAUGGAUUCUCUGACAGUAAAAUCCAGAAGUACUCGCCGACCGAGUCAGCUAAAGUUUAUGAUAAAGCAGUGAACAGAAAAAGCAACGUUCAUUCAGCCCCGCGACAGACUAUCGACUUCAUCUCAAAUAACAUGGCUAAUGCUACGCUAACAGAAGAUGUUAAGAGGCGAAUCGUCAAGCAGUACCUAGAUUUCAAAGUUCUGAUGGAACACUUGGACCCAGAUGAGGAGGAUGAGGAAGGAGAAGCAUCUGCCAGUGCAAACAUCAGAAACAAAGCCAUAAAUGCUCUCCUCGGAGGCUCCGGCGCUCUGUCAGGACCUAGUCCGCGUAAUCAGGCGGGACCAGAGACAGAUGAUGAUGACAGUGAUGUUGAUGACAGGAACCCCGGGUCUUCUCGAAGGUCAAGGCGAGCAGGUGACUCCUCAGACCCUGGCCGUAUGAGUGAGACAGUGGAAGCUAUGGAUGUGAUUGCCCUUUGCUGCCCCAAAUACAAAGAUCGACCGCAAAUAGCUCGAGUCAUCCAAAAGACCUCCAAUGGGUACAGCGUCCACUGGAUGGCUGGUUCAUACUCAGGGCCUUGGGCGGAGGCUAAGAAACGGGAUGGUCGUAAACUGGUGCCUUGGGUGGACACUAUUAAGGAGUCGGACAUCAUUUACAAGAAGAUUGCCUUGACCAGCAAUCACAAACUGAGCAACAAAAUAGUACAGACUUUACGCUCACUAUACGCAGCGCGGGAAGGAGGGGCUAGCUAAUAGCCCCAGUGUGUUUUGUUUUGGGUUUUUUUUUUUUCCUCCUUUCUUUUUGGACCCACUGCUCCAGUUCUACUUUUAUCAAAUUCUUCCUCCUCUACGCUCCUUCUCCUCAACCUGCCGCCUCCAACAACACAGCCAAACGUCACUGGAUUAAUUUCUUUUCCUUUCUCAUUUUUGUAAGAAAACACAAGAGGGCAAGAAUAUUUGACACUACAUAAUUUUACUUAUUCUUGCAAAAAAUGAAAAUGACAGAACAUAAGACUUUAUUAUAUUUGAGGGACUGCUGAUUUUUUAUUUUUUAUUUUUUUUUUGUAUAUGUUCAGGGGAUAGAAUCCAGAAGGAAUUAAAGGAAUAAUUCACCCAUAUUAUCCUUUAAAAAGGCUAUCAGAAGAGACCUGGAGGGAAAUGUUUUGUCAACAUUGUUGUGGGAGCUCCUUCGCUGUUGUGCAGCAGAUUCUAGUCGCUCAUUUCUACUCCCACUGUAUCAUAGUUUAACAUGACAAAAACUAAAAUGUUUAUAUCUCUGAAGACGAAAAAGCUGUAAAAAAAGAAUAAAACCUUAAGUGAAUGUUGGAAAUUAGUCUUUUUGAUGUUCUUAUUAAAGUGUUUUUGGAGUUUAUUAUACUACUAGCACCCUGAUGGUUCCUUUUAGCUUUUAGAUCUUUGAAAGAAAAGAAAAAGGAAAAAAAAAAAAAGAAUUUUUAUUUUUGUUCACUUUUAUUUGUCCAUUCUGUACAAUGGCAGAGUCCUCUGAACAUAAUUUAUUCUAUUUCAAACUACGCAUGCAGUAUAUGUGGCCUAUUGCAGGAGGAUAUUUUGUAAAUGUAGAUAUUGUUGUAUUAGGUCACCCUAGUAAUAAGAGGAAAGAGGAUUCAUACCUCUUUGGUGGAACAAAUACUGCAAUAAAUUUUUUACUUCUCUUUGUCA